AUGGCAACAGUUAACGUGGUCAUCAAGCAUCAAGGCAAGAAGUACGAUGUCGAAGUCGACACUACUUCUACCGGCGAGGUUCUCAAGUACCAGCUUUACAGCCUUACGGGUGUUGAGCCGGACCGACAGAAGAUCCUUGUCAAGGGCGGCCAACUCAAGGAUGACACUGACAUGAGCAAACUGGGCCUAAAACCCGGCCAGGUCAUCAUGAUGAUGGGAACUCCUGGGGAAGGCGGUGGCGCGAUUGUGCGGCCGACAGAAAAGAUCAAGUUUGUCGAGGACAUGACCGAAGCCGAGGCAGCCCAGCAAGCCGGCGCCACACCCGCAGGCCUGGUAAACCUCGGCAACACUUGCUAUCUCAACUCGACUCUCCAGGCGCUACGCUCCAUUCCAGAGCUUCAGGAUGCGCUUGCGAAGCACCAACACACAUCCAUGUCGGAGAUUCCGCAACUGGAUCUCACCAACCAGUUGAAGGAUCUUUUCAAAGACAUGUCAGAGACGCAGGGUGGCAUGCCCCCUUUCACUUUUCUGAACGCUCUUCGGACGACAUUCCCUCAAUUCGCCGAGCGUUCCAAGAAAGGCCCGGGCUUUGCCCAGCAAGACGCCGAAGAGGCAUGGUCUCAGAUUGUCUCCCAGUUGAGACAGAAGCUGAAGUGGAGUGAUGCGAGCGAGGGCGAGGCCGCCAAGGCAACUUCGUUUGUCGACAAGUACAUGUCUGGCGAGUUCUCUAGCACGCUUGAGUGUGACGAUCCCGCGGCGCGUGAGGGUGGCGAGCAGCCUAUCACAACCACCGAGCCAUUUCUCAAGCUCAACUGCCACAUUGGCAAUCAGACUGCCCACCUGAGGGAUGGCCUUAUCGAAGGUCUAACCGAAAAGAUCGAGAAGAAAUCCGAGGUCCUGGGGAGAGACGUGACAUACACCAAAACCUCCAGGAUCUCCCGGCUACCAAAGUAUCUCACGGUGCACUUUGUGCGCUUUUUUUGGAAGCGCGAUGUUCAGAAGAAGGCCAAGAUUAUGCGCAAGGUUACGUUCCCGCAAGAACUGGAUGCCGUUGAGUUCUGCACGGACGAGUUGAAGAAGGCGCUCGUUCCGGUCAGGGACAAGGUGCGGGAGGUGCGCAAGGAUGAGGAGGAUAUCGAGCGGGCCCGGAAGCGGCGGAAGAAGAACCCCAUGCUGGAUGGCGAGGCGCAAGGAGAGAAGAAGGAAACCAGUAAAAAGGACGACAAGAAGCCGGCAGGAUCAGCCAACGGCGAUGUUGAGAUGACCGAGGCGUACAAAACCGAUGCGGAGUUUGAGGCGGAGAAGGAUGCUGCGCUCAUCGCUGCCAAGAAGGAGCUCAACGCGCUGAUCGAUCCCGAGCUCCGCAAAGAUGACGGCGCUAACCAAUCGGGUAUCUACGAGCUCCGGGCCGUCAUUACCCACCAGGGCGCCAGCGCUGACAGCGGGCAUUACACGGCAUAUGUUAAGAAGACCGCUCCGAAAGACCCCGUGACGGGCAAGGUCGGUGAGGAGGACGGAAAGUGGUGGUGGUUCAACGACGAUAAGGUUUCCGAGGUGACAUCGGACAAGAUUGACGGGUUAGCGGGAGGCGGCGAGUCACACUCUGCCCUCAUCCUCUUGUACAAGGCUAUCCCUCUUCCGACUGCUGAGGGUCUUGACCAGUAA